AUGGUCGCCGCAAUCCUCGAUCUUGCCACCACGUAUGGGGCUCGAGUGGCCCUGGCGGUGAUCUUUAUUAUCAUGGUUCCGUUUUUUCACGGGAUGCUCAAAGUACGCCUGAUGUUCUAUCGAUUGCGAAAGCAAGGCCUGCCAAUGCCGAAGUGGGAUUUCGCAGCAGGAAAUCUGCGGAUGCUCCCCGAUCUUAUGAAGCGACACCCCAAAGGAUCGCAGCAGUCGGAAGCUUUUACGUUACUGUCCUACGAGUUUCCCGACAACGAUAAUUGCUUCUACAUUGAUGUCUGGCCCUUCUCCAGAAAACCAUUAUUGGUGGUAACCUCGCCGGAUCUAGCAGUGCAGGCUUCUCAGACAUAUGCGCUGCCAAAGCCGCCCGUCCUCGCCAAGUUCUUCAAUCCCUUCACGGGAGGUCCCAGCAUCUUCGUGACCAAUGGCCCCGAAUGGAAGCAUGCCCGAGGACUGUUCAAUCCCGCAUUCAGCGCCAGUAACAUUCUCGAGCAUACUCCCCAUAUUGUCGAAGAAGCCGAAGAGUACGUGGAGAUCCUUCGCGGGCAUGCACGCAAGGGAGAUACUUUUACCCUCGACAAAAUGACUUGUGACUACGUCAUGGACAUUAUCGGACUCGUUGCCAUGAAAGCCCGCCUUCACUCUCAGCGUGGAAAUAAUGCACUGGCGGCGGCCAUGAGAAGUUCAGUCGAGUGGCAUUGCCAGGACGAGGAGAUGAAUCCCUUUAUUCGGUGGAAUCCCAUGCGACCGCUCAUGCAGUGGUACAAUGGCCAGACGAUGAACCGGUACAUUGGGGUCGAAUUGGACAAGCGAUACGAAGUAUGGAAGCAGCAGAACUCUUCCACGCGGGCAAAUUCGAUCAUUGAUAUUGUCCUCGCGGAAUAUAUGAGCACGCGGAAGGCCGGUGAGAAGCUGGACCACGGGUUUAAAAAAUGGGCGACUAUCCAAAUCCGAACUUUCCUAUUUGCUGGUCACGACUCCACGGCUGCGACGGUUGUUUACAGUAUCUACCUGUUGUCGAAGCACCCGGAGAUACUGGCAAAGGUACGCAGCGAGCAUAACGAGGUAUUCGGGUCGGACAUCACAGCUGCGGCAGGUAUGCUGAAGCAGCAUCCAGAGCUAAUCAACCGACUCCCAUAUACACUCGCGGUUAUCAAGGAGACGCUUCGUCUCUUUCCCGCCGCCUCCGCGUUGCGAGAGGGCCAGCCGGGGGUCUAUUUGCAGGACAAGAAUGGCACCAAGUACCCGACAGAUGGCCUGUGCAUCUGGAUCAUCCAUACGGGUCUUCAACGUAACCCUAACUACUGGCCGGAUCCACACGCUUUCAAACCAGAGCGCUGGAUGAUUGGACCAGAGCAUCCGUUGUAUCCUCCCAAAGGUGCCUGGCGUCCCUUCGAAUAUGGUCCGCGAGACUGCAUCGGUCAACCGCUGGCCCUACUAGAUGUCAAGAUUACCCUAGUGCUCACUCUCCGGGAGUUCGACUUCCAGGACCGGUACGCAGAAUGGGACCAUCAACAUCCCCGGCCGGGGCCCAUGACCGUCUUUGGCGAACGCGCCUACCAAAUUCCCCUGGGAGGCUCUCACCCAGCCGACGGCCUUCCGUGCCGCGUCACCUUUCGAAAGUCGACAAGCCAGUGA